AUGGAAAAGAGCAUACGUUCUUACAACUUUGUCCCACCUAAUUUGUCAUAUAACAACGUAGAAGACCUGACUAGAGAAUUACGAGCAGAAAAAAGCAUUCUUGUUACACCUUAUGAUUUGAGUGGAAUUGACAUGCUUAAUGAAAAACAAAAACAAGCAUUCAAAGUUAUUACUGAGAGAAUUUAUUCAAGAAAAAGCGGCGCUUUCUUCAUAGAUGGUCUGGGAGGAACAGGGAAAACAUUUCUCUAUAGGAAUUUAUUGGUAGAUGUGAGGAGCAAAGGCUUUCUUGCACUCGCAACUGCUACUUCAAGAAUUGCAGCUUCUAUUUUGCUUGGUGGUAGGAUUGCACAUUCUCGAUUUAAGAUCCCAAUUGAUAUUUCUAAGAGUACAAUAUGUAGAAUUAGCAAACAAACUUCUCUGGCAACAAUGAUUAGAGAAGCAAAGUUAAUAAUUUGGGAUGAAGCACCAAUGUCCAAAAAAACAGCAAUUGAAGCAUUGGAUGAUUUGUUAAAAGACCUCAUGGAUUCAACACAAAUUUUUGGGGGAAAAAUUGUUGUCCUUGGAGGAGAUUUUAGACAGACACUUCCAGUAGUUCGAAAGGGAGCAAAAAGUCAAGUGAUAAAUGCCUAUCUAAUCAAUUCUCUAAUAUGGGACAAACUUGAGAAACUAAACUUAAGUGAAAAUAUGAGAGCAAGAUUAGACCCCGCAUUUAUAGAGUUCCUAUUAAAGAUUGGAGAUGGGACAAUUGACACAGAAGCUAAUGAUUUAGUGAAAAUUCCACCUUCUAUCUUAGUUCCUUACACUAAUGAAUCUGAUGCACUUCAAAAACUGAUCCAAAUGGUGUAUCCUGAAAUCACCAAUGGAUCACAAAUCUCAUCUUCUUUCUUAAACAGGGCAAUACUAACAACGAAAAAUCCAUUUGUUGAUGAGAUAAAUAAUGCUCUCAUAGAUAGAUAUCCAGGAGAAGCAGUUGAAUACUUGAGUUAUGAAGAGACAUUAAAUGAAAAUCACCAGGCUAAAUAUAUCGACUUGCUGAAUACAUUGACUCCAAGUGGUUUACCGCCACACAGAUUAGUUUUGAAACCAAAUGCAUCAAUAAUUCUCUUAAGAAAUCUUGAUCCAACUGAGGGAUUAUGCAAUGGCACAAGGCUUACAAUCAAAUUCCUCAGUAAAAACAUCAUUCAUGCUACCAUAUCAUUUGGUGAUUUCUCUGGAAAAGAUGUAUUUAUUCAUAGAAUUCCAAUGCAACCACCAGCCGAUGACCAAUAUCCAGUCUCAUACAAAAGGAUCCAAUUUCCAGUUCGCUUGUGCUUUGCAAUGAUUAUUAACAAAGCACAAGGACAAACCUUAGACUUUGUGGGUAUAUAUUUGAAAGAACCUGUGUUUUCCCAUGGUCAAUUAUACGUUGCUCUCUCAAGAGCAAAAAUAGCCUCAGUAGUUAGAAUACUAAUAAAACCAGCCUAUUUUUCCCCUCAUUAG